UAGCGGAGGCACCGGGUGGAUGCUGAGGCGCGCUGGAGAUGGCUAGAGAUGACUAUGAGAAGAUCCUCAAGUACUACGAGUUACGUGAAACGAUUGGAACAGGUGGAUUUGCAAAGGUAAAGCUUGCACGACACCGCCUCACUGGUGAAAAAGUUGCAAUAAAAAUUAUGGACAAGCUUGCUUUAGGGGAUGACUUGCCUCGUGUUAAAACAGAAAUUGAUGCCAUGAAGAAUUUACAUCACCAGCAUAUUUGCCAAUUGUACCAUGUCAUAGAGACAUCCCGGAAAAUAUUCAUUGUCUUAGAGUACUGCCCUGGAGGAGAGCUCUUUGAUUAUAUAAUUUCUAAAGACCGCCUUUCAGAAGAGGAAGCUCGUGUAUUUUUCCGGCAGAUUGUUUCAGCGAUUGCUUAUGUUCACAGUGAGGGCUAUGCCCACAGGGACCUCAAGCCAGAAAACCUACUGAUUGACAAGGAACAUAAGCUGAAGCUGAUAGACUUUGGACUUUGUGCAAAGCCAAAGGGUGGGCUUGAUUACCAACUGAAGACGUGCUGUGGAAGCCCACAUUAUGCAGCACCAGAGCUGAUUCAGGGAAAAGCAUAUAUUGGCUCAGAGGCAGAUAUUUGGAGCAUGGGAGUACUACUGUAUGCUCUACUGUGUGGCUUCCUCCCCUUCGAUGAUGAAAGUGUCAUAUCUCUCUACAAGAAGAUAGUGAGAGGAAAAUACAGUAUUCCAAAUUGGCUGUCUACCGGCAGUAUACUACUGCUUAGCCAAAUGCUUCAGGUGGACCCAAAGAAGCGGAUUACAGUGAAAUGUCUGUUAAACCACCCUUGGAUCAUGAAUGGUCAUUCUGAUGCUGUUGAGUGGCAAAGUAAAUACCUGCUGGGACAUCUUGAUGAAGACUGCUUAGAAGAGCUUUCUGUGUUUCAUAAAAAGAGCAGAGAGAGUAUUAUCAAAUUACUAUCAGAGUGGAAAUAUGACCAGAUGUCAGCAACAUAUCUCUUGCUUCAGUCCAAGAAGGCUCGUGGCAAGUGUCUUCAGUUAAGGGUUUCAUGUCUAACAGGGCAUGCCUGUACAACACAAUCAUCAGACCUCGAGUCUGAAAAAACUGUGAUGCAUGAGGACAUGCCAGACUGCAGUGAAGUACCACUUGCAUUUGAAUCCAUGGAAGUUCCUGAUGCAGCUUUUAAAGAGUCUUCACUAGAAGAAUUUGUUCUAAAGACUCGGAAAACAAAGCAGCAUUCAAGGCAUGAUGCUGAAGUGGAUGAUACAGAAUUCACACUGUCAACUCCAGUGACAAGAAAAGUGGCAUCAAAGAAGCAUGAAAACAAAGAGAAUGUUGAUACAGAGUCAGCUUUAAGAAAUGAAAUGCCCUUUGCGCUUCCUGCUCAAACGAGUCCGUUUACAAAGAGUCAGAUUGAGACAAAAGUACAAACCAUACCCUUUCAGGCAUCUGCCUUUAAAGAGAACCAGUUCACUGCAGUCACCCCAGCUAGGACACCUGCAAACCCAACAAACACAUGUGAAUCAACAGCAGCUGAAGUUCCUCCUGGAAGAAGGUGUCAUUCACUGGAAAUGGAUCUCAACGUAGCUCACAUGGAUAGCAGCCAAAAGAAGAGAAAAGCUAAGAUAUUUGGAAGUCUUGAAAGAGGCCUGGAUAAGGUGAUCACAAUGCUUACGCCAAGCAAAAAGAAACAAUUCACCAGAGAUCGCCCAAGGAGACUUAAGGAACAUUGUAAUGUCACCACCACUCAGCUACUGAAACCAGACCAACUGUUGAACAAAAUAUCUGCAGUUCUUUCAAAGAAGCAUGUGGAAUAUGUUCAGAAGGGUUAUACUCUGAAAUGUCAAACACGGUCAGAUUUUGGGAAAACCACAAUGAAGUUUGUGUUGGAGGUGUGUUAUGUUGGGAAGCCUGAAGUGGUGGGUAUCCAGCGACAGCGGCUGAAGGGAGAUGCCUGGGCCUACAAGAGGCUGAUAGAAGAUAUUUUGUCUGACUGCCAGGUGUGACGAGCUGACGGUGUGCUUGGAAAGCAGCACUUUUGUACUGAGGCCUUAGUCACAAUGUUCCACAAAGAUUCUGUCGCCUUCACAGCU